GUGGUGUUUUUUUGGUGUUUUUUUUUGUCAACAUGUCGGACAACGAGGAUUUACUCGGUGAAGAUUUAGGUGACCACAGUUUAGCGGAUUACAAUCUUGGUAACGAUGAGGAGGAUCAGCUCUUGGCUGACGAUUACGACUGUGGUCCGUCUCAGAAUGUGCCCACAUCGAUAGGACGUGGACCCGUGGGGUACAGCGGUCCAGUGGACAUGGUACCCAAUGAAUACACUCGACAAAACUUAGAUUACAGACAGCCAAUGGCAUACUUGCCACCAGAAGCAGAAUGUGUUGUACCCAAUAUAACAGUGGAAGUGCCUAACACACCACGUCCAGAACAUUCUACAUAUGCACCAUACAGUGAGCCAGCUUAUGAACAAGACCAUGCUGUUGUACCAACACCUAUAGCUGCACGCCCCGUGGAGCCGCCACAAAUUGUACCAUCAGAAAUGACUGCCAAUGUAGAGGUGGGGCGUGAGGGGAUGCCUCAACGCGUGUUCAGGCACCGUGCUCCCUUGCCGCGCAAUAUACCUGACUCAUUGGAUAAGGUGUUCGUUCCGCGCAAUGCCUACGGUGGCGGCCGUGGACGCAACUCGUGGCGGAACCCUCAGUACAGGCAGAACCACCCAUAUCGACGGAACAAUGUUUUCAGGGCCAACUUCACUCAACGCCCGUCGUUUCCUUCGCCGCAAAUACGGCCACAAAUUGUAAUGCCACCACAAAUACGAGAGCAGAUACCUCCAGAAAUCCGACCGGAAGUGCCCCGAGAGAUCCCCCGAGAAAUAUCUCCAGAAAGACCCCCUAUUUUGCCCCCAGAACGUCAAGGUUUACCUAUGGAACAACCUGUACAACCAGAGAGAGUAAUUUUACAUUCUGAAAGACCAAUAAUGCCGCCAGAAAGGCAAAUUUUGCCCCAGGAAAGAAUGAAUUUUACCAGAGAUGUAUCUCCAGAGAGAAGAAUGAUGUCUCCAGAGAGAAGAAUGAUGUCUCCAGAGAGACGAAUGAUGUCUCCAGAGAGACAAAUGAUGUCCCCAGAGAGAUCUGGUAUGCCUCCUGAAAGACCAGUUUUACACCCAGACAGGCAACCAUUCUACCCAGAACGACCAAUCUUACACCCAGAUAGGCCAAUGUUACAUCCAGAUAGGCCAAUGUUACAUCCAGAUAGGCCAAUGUUACAUCCAGAUAGGCCAAUGUUACAUCCAGAUAUGCAUAUCGAAAAUCAAAAUUUUCCCAGAUAUCAAUUCCGGAAUGAGGAAAGAUUUGGGUCUAAUAUGCGGCCGAAUUUUAAUCAAAAUAUUCGGCCAAAUUUCGAAAGGCCUAUGUACUAUCGUCCCUACAAUCCGAGACAAUUUGGACCUCCGAUUCGUGAAAUUAUUCCUAAUAAUAACCUUCCCCAAGUGACGAUUCGGCAAUCGUUGCCGAUGUUGCCAGCUAUGAAGGGUCGGGAGAGAGAGCCGGAAGUGCGAAUGUUGCCAGUCCUUCCGCCAAACCUACCCACUCUACCUCCUGGCGGGCUUGCCGGAAAGAAAGUUUUGAUCAAUCCACACUUCAAAGGGAACUUCCAACCUCCAGUUGAUGGGUUCCCCGCAUACAUUCCGACAAGAAUACAAAAGACUCCGCCUCUCAGUCCUACGCUGGAGAGCAAAUUCGGCCCAAUAAAGGACAUAGACGACGCCGCCGAAAGAUUUAUCGCAGAACAAAGGAACGCUUUAGCGAGAGCUGCCGGGAGGAAGUUUGCAAGACGCUCCCCACAGAGGUACAUAGAGAACACUACAAUCGAAAUAGAAAACGAUCUGGCCCGCGGAGCCCCGCCGCCCAGGCGCCGCAGUGAAGACGAGGACUUGCUGAGGAGGCAGGAGGAGUUCAUUAACGCCAACAGGGCGGGCCUGAGGAGACGCAUGCGAUCGCCGUCACCUCCGCGCCGCAGUCCUGAACGACGCCCUCGCCCGCAGAGUGACGAGGAGAGUGAAUACAGGCGUAAAGUGCGUGAGCAGGAGACGCUACGCGAGCGCGUGUUGCGUGCCAAAGAAGUGCGACGCAGGAAGAACGCCGUAGAACUACAGAAACAUUUACAAGAAAGAGAAAAAGAGAAGGAAAAAGAAAAAGAGGUACCAGUGAAACCACUGAAACCAGUGGAAGUAACACCGGUUGUCAAAGAAGAUAAACCGACAACCACAGUGAUCUCAGAGCCGCAGCAAGUGAAACCAGACACUACAAGGAAAACGCCCGAAAAAGUAGAGCCCGAGAGAAAGAGAGAACGCUCUCCGAUCAAAGUGGAGAGUGUUGAGGCUAAUUCUACUUGUGGGGAUAAUCUAACCCCACCCCGUGAAAGCAUAGCCCAAGCGUCCCCUGAGCGUGCCCUCACGCCGCCACUGCCCAAGCGGGAGGACAAGCGAACCAUCAGUGACGACGAACUGGAUCUGAUAUUGGAUGAUAUCGACGACAUAUUGUCUGACGAUGAUGACACCGGCAGGUUCAAGGAGAAAGCCAAAAAGGUAGAACCAGCACCGAAAACGCAAGUUGACUUGCGCUCCAAGUUACCGCCCAAACACACUGAAGCUAAGAGGCCUAGGCAGAAGAUAGUCUUCCAUGAUCCUACGGAGGAUAGGAAAAAGAAAGAAAAAUCUCCGCCAAGCCGCACUGCGCUGAGCGGGUCUAACAAAAAUACGAUCAAAGUUGAGGCAAAGGUUGACCGAGUGAAACCAAAAGUAGAAGUGACUAAAUCAAAUACUAAUAAAUCGCGAGAAAAAAUAACGUAUACUAAUAAAGAGCAGCCCCAAAAAGAAAAAGACGAAGACAAACCCAAAUUCCCGAACCGUCGCGUCAUAUUACAACGUAAAGUACAAACCAAAGAGAAAUCCGUAUUUUCGCGUAUAGACAAAAACGACCCAACGCAGCCCAACCCGGGCAUCUUUAGCCGCGCGGUCCGCACCGCCAUCGGGUCCGAAAAGCCCCGAAUCGUUAUAAAAAAUGAACCGACCAUAGAGUAUGAGAGCGGUUCAGAUAUCGAUGAGGACAAAUUACUGGAAGAAUACGGGAUGAUGGCCAUAGUUACCAACCUGCCCCAUGGAAUGACUGAUACCAGAUUAAACACGUUGGCAGGAAACGAUGUCCAGAACUUAAGUUUGGAUAAGGAGGACCGCAGCGCUAAAAUUACAUUCAAGACUACAAUAGCGGCUGAGAAUUUCAAGAAGAAAUUUAACAACAAGAUGGUGGCCGCCAGUCGACUCACUGUUAGCUUACGAUAAGGCGAGUCGGCUACAAUACCUAAUACUAAAGUUUUUAUUAUUUAAAUAUUAUUAGAACUUUACUAUCUUUCACUCUGUAUAUUAAGUACAUUAUAUUUUGUAUUUCCCUUGUGGGUCAUUUUUAUAGGCCACUCUUGACAGUGUUUUAUUAAGAAUGUACAGCAAGAAAAAAUAUAGGUAUCGGUAGAUUUUAUCCAUGAAGCACAGUUCUGUUUUUAAAAUAAAAAACAUGCCAGUUGCGAGUGUGGGGGAAAUAUUUACAUAUUUUUCAUAUAUUUCUGUAAAAUAAUUUGCCCCGCCCCACAUUUGGACCCUUUUGAAGUCAUUUUAAUAAUAGUUUUUAAAACUUUUUUCAUUUGCAAUAAUAUUGGGCAAGCUAAUGCUAAUGCUGAUGCUUAAGCUAAUGCUCAAUUUAAAACUAUUCCCAAGUUAAUAGCAUCCAUUUUGGUACGGAACUGAACUAAAAAAAAGUAAAUAUAUUCUAGGCUUGAUAUUGUCUAAAAUAUUAUAGAAAGACAUACUUCUAAUAAAAUAUUAUUAAUUAUGUUCUUUGGCGCGUCACUCCUUUUUUUAAUGAUAUUAUGUGGUCGUCUGUACAAAGUUAAAGAGUCACAAAAUGUCAAAAGUGACCUGUUAAAAUUCUAUAAUGCAUACAUUUUUAGAACUCAUUCGCCAUAUUUGUUCUAUAUGUUAACUGUCAUGACAAAAGUACGGUUUAUCCUUAGAUUAACUACUGAAAUCGUACUUUUGACAUAACAGUUGCCACAUAGAGAAAAAAUGCCGAGUGAGUUCACAAAAUGUACGCGCCAUACUGUUAUUUUUUGUUAAUUCACGCGGUGUGUGUUUUCAUGUGUGGGCUAGUGCCUAUUUGUUUUCCUUUAUAUAAUAGUAGAAGAUAUUUAAUUACUCCAUACACUUGUAAUUUUUCGGAUUUUAAUGAUAGCUUUGUAAUAAUUGUAUUUGAAAUAUAUGUCGAACGUUAUAAUUGUAUACAAAUAACACCUUUAGAAUUUUAGAGAGAGAAACGACCUUGGAUACCAUCUUCAUCGUCUCUUAUUGAAACAGAUGCCUAUUGAGGUGUAGAAAGAGACAAAACAAUUAAAAACAUACUCACUUCAAUGUUUGGCUAACUUUUUAUUCUCUAUAAUUCUGUAGGUGUGAAUAUUCAUAUUCCAAGUAUUUUGUACACAUUAAAAUAAGCUAAUCAAGAAUUUCAAUAAACUCAUUGAAAGAUUCACAGAUCACAUUGUUGUCCAAUGUAAAGCCAUUUUUUUUGCAUUUGCCUUUAUACAAAUUAGGUACAAAAUAUAAAUCUUUUGCUGUAUUAGCAAAAAUUGUUCAUACAUAUUUACAUAUAUUUCGUGGUUUAAAAAUUUAUUUACGGCCGAAUACUACAACAACUCUUACAAAUCAGAUACUUUAGCGAAACUGAGUUUCAGUAAAAAUAUGAGAUAGAUAGAUUUUGUUACUGUUAGUAGAUACCGAAAAAUAAAUGGCAAUAAAGCAAGUUAACGUUCGCGGUCAACUUUAUUCGACAUAUUGCAGAUAAGAUUUCAUUUUUAAUUUUUGGCCGUUAACAUUUCAGUGUUCGGUCGCUAGUUUUUAUAUUUACAAAUAAAAAGACCUGGUGUUUUGAUUUUUAUAAAUAGUUAUAUUGAGAGUAAUUGUCAGAGUAAUAAUGUUAUAAAUAGUUUUUCUGAAAAUUUUCCUAUCAUUCCUGUGCUUUCUGGUAUUUAGUAAAAACUUGUUCAUAAUAAAAUAUCCUACUUAUUGUGUAAUUUCAAAAAACAAGUUAAUACAAUAAACAUUUCGAUAAUAUAAGUCGAUGUUCAUUAAAAACAGUUAACUGCUCUAACUUGUAUUUAUUGUAACCUUCGUAAUAUUAUGUAGGUACCACAUAAAUAUAGUACAGUUUAAAUAUUCAUUGGGCAUUUUAUUAUUAAAAAUGUUAAAGCGGCGUUACAAGGUAGUUUGUAAAUAGACUAAAUUGCAGUUAACUAAACUUGUGGUUAGUUCUUUUGUAUACAAUCUCUAAACUAAAUUGACAAAUCUAACGCUGAGAUCUAUAGGACGCACUUUGUCUUUGCUCAGACUUAAGACACUGUUAAAACAAGACAGUGUUAUACCGCUGGCAUAAAUCUGUCUCGUUCUAACUGAAACUUAAGUCUAAGCAAAGUCAAAGUACGCUCCAUAAAUUUCAACCUAAAUCGAGUUGCUAUCCAUUUCAUAUUUGUUUUCUGUGGAAAAGGAUAAUGAAAUGGAUAGCAAUAUAGAGUUUGUGUAAAACAAAAAGCUAAAUUAUUGUACUAAACUUCUUGUACUGUACUAUAAAGUGUUGUUACUUGUCAACAUAAUAAUAAUUUGUUUAUAUAAUAUGUACUUAGUUUAGUCAUACUGAUAUCGUUUUAUUUAUAUACGCUGUUUACUGAAGCUGAGCGUGAUUAUUUAACUUUUUUUUUAAAAUUCGAUACUCUUCAUAUUAGACUUGGUGUGUCAAUAUAACUGUUUUAAAUUGAACACUGAUAGCUCUUUUUGGUUCCAAGUAAAAGAUAAGUCAAUAAACAUACUCAAUCCGAUAGUAGUAAUUCUAUAACGGCGAAUAGAAAUAACAUUAUUCUAUUUUUCAUUAAAAAAAUCUAUAUUCUUUUUGAUGUUGUCCGGAUUGAAAUCUUUUAAUUUCUGCUAUGGAAACCAGAAAUAUAUUAUAUCAGUAACACACAGGAUUAUUGCAUCGAAUUAUGCUGAGCAAUCAGAUAGACAUAAUUACCUACGGUAAAAUUAAGUACUUAUAUUUUGAAAAUUACAUAUCAAAUAGGUACCACGUUUAUCCCUCGUUAAUCCAGAGAUACACAACCUAAUUAUUUUGCACUCUCGGUUUUCAUUAGACAGACUUCCUACUGUAUAUCUCAAAACAUUUUCUUUACAUCUAAAUCAAAUGCUGUCUAAUAACGUGUUCUUAUGUAUCAAAACACAUGUCUACAAAAAGAAAAUUCAUUGAUUUACUGAACCGAUUCUGAUAAAACAUUUUUACUGUUGUCAUUGGAACUUUUUGAAACUUUUUUCGGAAGAGCCAUUAGUUUUUUACCAUCAUCACUGAACCUGAGUUUUAAAUCUUGUUCUAGUUAGCCAUUAGUUUUAGAACAGAACCAGGCGUAAUGUAUAAACAAUUCUUGUCGAAUUUAUAAUUUAGUUUAAUACUUACUGAAUAAGUUCAUAUUUUUUGUAUUCCACGUUACGUCAACUGUUUUAAAAUGUGGUAUAGUUGACAGUUCAUAUUUUUUUCUAAAUAUAAGGUGCUUGUUUAAGUUUAAUAAAAUAAAAGUUUGCGUCUGCUUAGAGA